AUGCCUAACACCAAUGCCGCACCUCAGCUCUCGGUGCAACCAACACGAUCGAUCCUCACAGCGGAGGCGGCGACGAUGCGCAGUCGACCAACAGCCCAGACGAUGGCGUCACGAUGGCACCAGGCGGCAACUGGAAGCCGGAGAAGUCGAGCACCCUCGCCGCCGGCGCGCAUCAUGGCCCUCGGCGCCUCGCUAGUCCGCGGCGAGCAGUCAACAGACCUCACCGGCUUCCGCAGAACCAUGCGCGACGAGCUGGUCGCGCUCGGCGUCCCCGUGAACAUGGUCGGGUCGCAGCGGUUCGGCGACAUGCUCGACAACGACCUCGAAGCGUACGGCGGCAACCGCGUCAGCCAGAUCCACGAGCACGCGACGCACAUCGUGCCGCAGCUGCAGCCGAACAUGUUCAUCAUCCAAGUCGGCACGAACAACGUCCUGCAAGAUCUAGAUGUCGACAAGGCCGGGGAGCACAUAGAGGAUUUCAUCAACUACCUGCUAGAUACGUCACCGCUGUCGACCGUCCCGAAGAUAAUGGACGUCAACAAGCAGUACCGAGACCUAGUGUCCAAGUUUGAGAACAAAGCGGUCUUGUUGGCGGAGAUGCAUCCCAGCGAGGGCUACCCUGAUCGCCCAGAGAUAGGUGAUAUUGGGCCCGACGGCUCUCAUCCCACUAACUAUGGGUAUGAGCUUAUGGGGCACAUAUUCGCGGAAAGUAUCAAGGAGGCGGACGGGAAAGGCUAUCUGCGAUGGCCAGAUGUUAAUGGCCUUGAGUACGACGGCGAGGCUGGACGAGCCGAUGCGACUGUCUCGACCACGGAGCUGCCACCGAUGACUACCAGUCUGCCCAGCAGCAGUGCUACGAGCACCAUUCCAGCAAAGAGGUGA